AUGCCAAAAAGAAAAAAGAGUAGAACUCAUGUUAAGGUUGAUGAAAGAACAGAUAAUCCUGAUGGAUCAAAAAUACCAAAAAGUUUUGUAUUUAAAUCAGGCGACGUAGGAAAGACUGUUGAAGCAUUAGUUAGAGAUAUGAGAAGAGUUAUGGAACCGCAUACUGCAAUACGAUUAAAAGAACGAAAAUCAAAUCGAUUAAAAGAUUUCGUAGCGGUAGCGGGUCAAUUGGGUGUAACACAAUUUUUAAUAUUUACACGAACGGAGAAUGGAACCAAUUUUAGAUUAACAAAAACUCCAAGAGGGCCAACCUUAUGCUUUAGAGCAUUAAAAUAUUCUUUAAUCAGAGAUGUUUUAUCAUCUCAAAUUAGUCCAAUAAGUUUUGGAACGGAAUUCCUUACUUCUCCAUUGCUUGUAUUAAAUAACUUUGGUGGUGAAGAAAAACAAAUGAAAUUAAUGACAACUAUGUUUCAAAGCAUGUUUCCUUCUAUAAACGUCAACAAGGUUCAAUUAGCAGAAGCCCGUAGAGUUGUAUUGUUUAAUUAUAACAGUGACACGAAUACGAUAGAUUUUAGGCAUUACAUUAUAAGAGUGAAACCAAUAGGAAUUAGUAAAAGUGUACGAAGAAUAAUAAAUUCUAAUGUGCCGGAUUUACACGAAUAUCAUGAUAUUAGUGAAUUCGUAUUGAGGGAAGGGCAUUUUUCAGAAAGUGAAGCUGAAAGUGGAUUUGAAACCACAGUAACAUUGGCGCAAGAUUUUGUCGGUAAGAUUAAUAAGAAAGCUGAUCAACGUGCCAUAAAGUUAGUUGAAGUCGGACCAAGAAUGGAAUUACAAUUGGUUAAAAUUCAAAGUGGUUUUUGUGAUGGAGAAGUUUUAUUUCAUGAAUUCUGUAAAAUAGCCACGCAAAAAAAUGGGAAAAAAAUGGAAGUUGAAGAUGAAGAAGAUAGCGAUGACAUUGACAAUUCCGAGGAAGAGCAGCAACAACAAUCAUCCGCAGAUGAGAUGGAUAGCAAUGAUCUUGAACCAAGAAUUUUGAGAAUUCUGAACAUAUUAAGAUAG